AUCAUAAGCUCCGAAGGGUUUGUUUGGCACACUUCUCUCUCGGAAGAAAAAGUGAAGAGGAGAAAUUGUCGACCCAAUGUCUAACCAGUUUCAUAUGCGAUUGCGUAUAAUGUGUUCGGGACUUGCUUUCUAGGAGCUCCGAAAAUCGAGUCAAUAGUUUUUACCUCCUGAAUUGUUGUGACAUUGAAGUUCCGAACUGGGGGUUACUCGUCGUUUUAUAUUCUUGGUUGAUAGAUGAAUAAACAAGUGCGAGUAACGGGGAAGAAAAAUGCUAAAGCUGCUUCCAGUAAAGGCAUAGAGGAUGUGCAGCAUAAUUCAGUUUUUGGAAGAUUUUCUGAAGGAGAAAUGAUAGCUCAGCUAAAGAGGCUUGCCCUCGAUCCCGACGGGGAGCAGUUUGAAUCGGAUGAUAUUCAGCCUUUGAUGAAUCAGAUUCUUCGGAUACGAAAAAUUAUGCUCCUUAAAGAUUCCGAAAUUCCUUGGAAAAAGCGGAAACUAGAGCAGUUCAUCAAAAAAGAUGCUUUGAUAGCUCCUUCUGCCUUAGUUUUGCCGAACCAACAAAGCAUAGCAAAACUGACUAGGAGGCAGUUAUCCCACGCUUCAUCACUAUCAUGCUUGCUCAAUUCAGUCGACUCCACCCAAUGCCUUGAGUCGAAACUCAUCUUUCACUCUCAUACUUCCAGCACUUCAUCCGCAUUUGACGAUCUGUCAGAGAAAGAUGCAUCCGAUGACUGCUCCUUUCUAGACAAUACAGAAUUCUUGAAUUUUCCCCACAAAGAUACAACUCGAAUAGUAUAUUCGGAUAAAUCUAUAAAUGGUUCAAACUUGCUGAGCCCAGAGAAACCGACUGUUAAUGAAGUUAGACAAUUGCCACCUCAUCGCCGCUCACCUAGGUUGCUGAAUUCCAUCGAAGAUCAUCUCCAAACAAGUGUCGUUCCAGUUGGGCCCCGUUUCCAGGCAGAUGUUCCCGAGUGGAGAAAUAUCCUUAUUGGUGCAUAUAAGAGUGAUUCUGAUAAUUCCAAGUGGUUGGGUUCAAAAGUUUGGCCAAUCGAAAUCGAAAUCGAAAAUAUGAAAACCAAUAAAAGAAAAAUCGGAAAGGGGAGGCUCGAUUCUUGUGGAUGUCUAUCCAAAGGCUCUGCUGAUUGCAUCAGACAACACAUACACGAGGAAAGACUAAUUCUUGAACGUGAUCUUGGUCCUGCUUUUUUCGCUUGGAAAUUUAAUGAAAUGGGCGAACAAGUCUCGAAUUCGUGGUCCCACAAGGAAAGAAAGACUUUCGAGUCACUAGUGAAAAAGAGACCUUCGUCCAAUGGGAAGAGCUUUGUGAAACAGGCUUUGAAGUGUUUGCCUAACAAACAUAGUAAAGACAUUAUUGAUUAUUACUUCAAUGUCCACAUUCCUCACCGUAUGAGCAUUCAGACAAGGUCGUUGUCUAUAGAACAAAUCGAUACUGAUAACGAGGAUGGAGCAGAGAAUUUUAAUUACAUGGGUUUCCAGAAAAAGUCUAGAGGGAUCUGCAAUGGCAAGGAUGCGAAGGCUAGAUAUUUGCGUGGGGUUUGAGUCCAGUGUUGCUCGACUGCGUUCACAUUGGUAUCUCUUGGUUUCUUGAUAUAUACAUAACAUUCUUUUUGUCUCAUAUCUUAAAUCUUAAUACCAUGGCAAAAGAGAACUAAUUGCCAUUAUUUUCGUUGAAGUUGAUGACGCGUGCUUCGUCUCCAAUUUAAUCCAUUUGAUUAAGCGUACGCGGUAAUUUUUGCUCAUACAAGGGUUCUUGUUAGUUGAGAAUCAGUGACUUUUAGGUGUUUUGUGUAAAGGAGAAUGUAGAUUUGGAGCUUAUAAGUUGUCAAA